GGCGGCUUGGCACUUUGUUGCCUUGGCGCCUGAUCCGAUUACCUCAGCACAAGCCACUGUGGCUGAAUGCGGUGUGGUGGUGUGGCGGUGUGACAGUCUGACGUCGAUGUCAUUUCAUCAUUGCCUGGCAGGAUCCCUUCCCUGUCGCCCAUCCUCUGAUUCCCCUAGGUUUUCUCAUCAUGAAUGAUCCCCAACAAUGACAUCGGCGGACAAGUCGGCAACGGGGAAGAUCUAUGAUCCCAGCUCUCUGCCGGAUUACGACCGCCAGUUUAUUGAUCCCGACGACCUGCGGCAAUUCGAGAAUGCGCUGAAUGGCAACGAGGCUGACCCGCUGGUCGCUCUCAACGACUGGCGCCCCAUCUACCAACGUGUCCGGAAGAGUAGAGGCCGACGGGGCAAACCAAGACGCAGCAAGGAUGAGACGCGAGAGGGGGUGCUGUACACUGUGUUGAAGUGGCCCUUUCUCUUCAUCGUGUUUGGCUGGAUCAUCUUUCUGGGGUUCGGCUACACCUUGACCCGCCUGUACAUCUUCCUAUAUGAACAAUGGGUGUCCUGGAGAGGCAAGAGGGAAUCGCUUCGCCGGCAGCUGUCGGCGCAGACGAACUACGGCGAUUGGUUGAACGCUGCACAGGCCCUCGAUGAUCAUCUCGGGAACCAAGCGUGGAAGGAAAUAGACGAAUAUGCAUACUACGACCAUCUCACGAUAAACAAACUGGUUACACAGCUGAAGAGCGUGAGGAGUUUGGUUGAACAAGAACGCAAGGAGGAUGGUUCUGGUUCGACCGAGACGACCGCCGUGGAGGAGUUGUGCACGCUGCUGGAGGCGUGCGUCAAGAACAACUUCGCCGGUGUCGAGAACCCGCGACUUUACAGCGAGUCCUACUCAGGAACCAAAGAUCUGGUCCAAGAAUACAUCGACGAAGUGAAGACAUGCAUUGAUUUGGUUGCAGGUAACAAGCAAAUCAGCAGCGAAGACAAGUUUCAUCAUUUUAGACAUUUGGAUACCAAUUUUGGGCGUACCGCCCUCUGCUUGUCCGGGGGUGCCACUUUUGCAUAUUAUCAUUUUGGCGUUGUCAGAGCGCUUUUGGAUAACGGUGUGCUGCCUCAGAUAAUCACCGGGACCUCGGGCGGCGCUCUGGUCGCCGCCCUGGUGGCUACUAGAACCGACGAGGAACUGAAGGAGCUGCUUGUGCCUGCCUUGGCUCAUCGCAUAAAGGCCUGUCAUGAAGGGUUCACGACGUGGUUGUGGCGUUGGUGGCGGACCGGUGCCCGUUUCGAUGCCGUCGACUGGGCGCGUGAGGGUAGCUGGUUCUGCAGAGGCUCGACCACAUUUCGCGAGGCCUACGAACGAACGGGACGGAUCCUGAAUGUAUCGUGUGUGCCAUCCGACCCUCAUUCGCCUACCAUUCUAGCAAACUAUCUCACUUCCCCGGACUGUGUCAUAUGGAGCGCCAUGCUUGCCUCUGCAGCAGUUCCCGGGAUCUUGAACCCCGUCGUUCUUAUGACGAAAAAGCGCGAUGGCACACUCGCUCCCUACUCGUUCGGUCACAAGUGGAAGGAUGGCAGCUUGCGGACGGAUAUUCCCGUCAAGGCACUGAACCUACACUUCAAUGUCAAUUUUACAAUCGUCUCGCAAGUCAACCCUCACAUCAACCUUUUCUUCUUCAAUUCUCGAGGAACGGUCGGUCGGCCCGUCACUCAUCGCAAAGGUCGCGGAUGGCGUGGAGGAUUUCUCGGAUCCGCCAUCGAACAAUACAUCAAGCUAGACAUGAACAAAUGGCUCCGAGUCCUCCGCCAUCUCGAGCUCCUGCCCCGACCCCUGGGCCAAGACUGGAGUGAGAUCUGGCUCCAAAAGUUCAGUGGCACCGUCACCAUCUGGCCCAAGACCAUAGCCUCCGACUUCUACUACAUCCUCUCGGACCCUAGCCCCGAGCGCCUGGACCGCAUGCUCCGCGUCGGCCAACUCAGCGCCUUCCCAAAGAUCCAGUUCGCCAAGAACCGACUCAAGAUCGAAACCGCCAUCACUGCCGGUCUCAAGGAAUUUGCUCCCGCCGGCGCAGCAGGUCGCGUUGUAUCUCCUCGCCGUCGCCGCCGCCCUGUCGACAGUAUCUCUUCGCGCCUCGAUGGCUCUCUAGCCGAGGACCAGGACCAAUCUGACUACUACAAAGAUGAUCCACAGCAGUUCGUCCUCGAUGCCUCGGACCACUCGAGCGCAGACCCAGGCUCGUCUGUCGCUUCCUCUCGUGACUCGUCCCGGCUUGAUACCCAUCGUCAUAACUCCAACAAUAUCUUCCAGGAAAUGAGGCGGCAGUCGGCGGUCUUCUUCGAUGACUCCGAUAUGUAUGCUGAGGAUGAUAUGCGGAAGAUGCAGUGAGGUUUUCCUCGUUCUAUUCUUAUAAUCCUUAUCGCUGCCUUAUUGUUAGCCAGACUUGUAAUUAUGAUGAUUGGGCUAAGUCGGUAACUGGUUGGUUGAAUCGCCGUGGCAUACACUUGCUAGAGUGGGUAAGGUUGCUCCGAUAUAUACCUCGGAGACGGCUGUUUGCAUCGGUUACUUGCUUAUUUUUCUGUACAUUAUUAGUAUUGUUACACUGUUUUGCACAUUAGGAUACCUUUAUCUUUUGAGCCGCAAAUACAAGCGAAGCCAUAUAAUAUAUAUCUAGUCACAUC